CAGCGGAAGCUGAAACGCGCGGCUUCGGGACCGCUGGUGAACCGUAAAACGGUGUUGUAGAUGUAUACAUUUUGCGCGCGCCAAUUAUCGACAAGGAUCAACGUUUCGUGUAAUAUACAAUAACAGUCCAUCCGUGCGACGAACGAACGCCGCGAUACGGACUGGACGAAUGUUUUUUUAUUCGCACGCGAUAUCAUAGAUAAGACUCAAUAUACAAUAUAUCAAUUUCGCAGUCCAGCUUGCAGUUGUGAAUGUUAUAUAUAAAAAUCUGCCUCGUGAAUGAACGCGAGAUGGACGUUUGAAUCGAAGCCGUCAUGGCCCCGUUCCUAUUGAUCCUGCCGCUACUGGCGUCAUUGAUACACCCGAUCGACGGUGCAAUCGAACGAAGUGGAUCGGUGAAGGAAAGCGACAUUGACCCCUAUGUGAGAUCCAAAUCCGUCAAGGAUGUUUUAGCACAAAGCAGCGGAAACGCUAUACUGCCCUGUCGAUUCAACAGUCCCGGAAUAGUGACUUGGAUCAGGCGGAAAGAUAGACAACUACUUACAGUAGGUCGAGACACUCACUCUAUAGACAAGCGUUUCCUUGUCUUAAACAAUCCUGAUUGGAGUCUCUUAAUUAAGAACGUCAACCAGGAAGAUGCAGGCCUUUAUGAGUGUCAGAUACAAACGGUACCAGUGCAGCAACGAUUUGUACGUCUAAACAUCACGGAAGCGUACUCUGUGAUACCAGGUGGUCCGGAUCUCCAUGUGAAACAGGGCUCCAGCCUGCGUUUGGAAUGCCAGCUGAUGGCAGCCGCGGAAUCGCCCAACUACGUAUUCUGGUAUCGUGGAAUACGUAUGAUAAACUAUGAUAACGAACCUGGUGUUAGAUUCGAGAUGAAGAGAAACGGUUCAGUACUCAUUGUGGAGAAGGUGAAGCUUUCGCACGGCGCCAAUUACACAUGCUCGCCGAAUAAUGCCAGGUCGACUCAUAUCAUGAUACACGUCAUCGAGGAGGAAGAGAAACCAGCGGCCAUGCACGGAGAUGAUCAACGAAAUUUUACCGCAACUACAUGGAGCAACACCAUAUUGAUUCUUACGGCUCUCCUAAUUAUUCCAGAUGUAAGACGGUACUUCCAGACUUUCAUCUGCCAUGCCACGUGAUUAGCAUAAACCGCUAUUUUCGCGAAACAGAAGUCGAAUGCAAAUGAGCUCGCGUGAAACAAGCUUGCACACCUAUAAUUUUUUUCGACGAUUCGAAAUAUUAUAUUUGCGUAUCAAAAGAUAUUUUUAACCUGACCUACAACAUAUCUUGCUUCUCGUACGUUAAAGUUAUUUGACUCUGACGAUGAAAUUCAACCGUCGCGAAGAAAAAUGUGACAGAUUCCGCUCGGGAUCAAAGAAAAAUCUAUUUGCAAAUAAACUUAAAGCGAGAGAUUCAACUGCAGACCUUUUUCCAAGAGUCUCUGUAUCCCGGGUGGUGAAAUCCAAGGAGGACUGCAAAGUUUCACGUAACCAUGUAACUUUCGUUUAAAGAAACGUCUUAUCCAAGUGACACUACUUGAUAGAAACUCCGCUUGAACUCGUAACGAGUGAAUAAUAUCCGCGGAAUGAGAUUUGGUCGUCUUUCGACGUGGACAAAUUUACUCGCAAACUUCGAGAACCAAGUUGCAGUCCUGUGUCGUUGGACAUCAUAAACUCUCGCACAUUGAAACAGAUGAUUUUUUCAUAAAAACUUAUCGUUUCUAUUUAUAUCAAAGUAAAAUCUUCAGAAACUAAAUUUAUUCGCGAAGAAUAGGCGCGUAAAUUCCAUUUAUAUUUUUAUGAAUAUAGUAAUAAUAAAAUAAUUUUUAACCUAGUAUCUAGCAAUGUAUAUUCUUUUAUAAAAAAGUUCUUAAAUUUAAAAUACAAAAUUUAAAAUCUUCUCAAAGAUUUUCACGCUUUGUAGAGUAUUACAUCCGCGAAAUAUACAUCUUGGCGAAUGAAUUUAGCGCUGAAAUCUUGUCGCGAAGCAGGCAACACUUCAUCAUCAGAAUCAGGUAUUAUUUACUCCUUAUAACUUUCCAAGUUUCUAACAAGUAGUUUGAUGCAAAUGGGACAUUGAGUUCUGUAAACAAAAGUUGUGCUUGGUUCCGUUGAUUCUACGUGGCUGUUACUAAUAUUGAUAAUAUAAUUAAUUUAGGAUUUAGGAUUGUCCUGUUAUCAUAAAUACAUAAAUAAUAUAAACUGACGAAAAUUGCUUGAUCUCAGAUUUUAAGUGUUUUUAAAACAAUAAAUAUUUUUAAAAUAUUUAUUAAUUAUAAUUAAUAUUUUAAUUAUACAGUUAUGCUCAAAAAUUACAAUUAAAAUCGCGUCCAUGAAUAUACUGCCAGUUGAUAACUCAAAUUAAUUACCCAUAGAGAAAAAACUCUUAUCUUAAAGCAACUUUAAGUAAUAUUCUAAACUAUAAAAAAGGCAAUAAUUCGAGUUUAUAGUAACAACAAUUUACCUGCCACGUACAAUAUUUCUGACAAAAAUACAUAACAAUUAAAAAAAUUGUUAUUAUUAUUUUACUAUAAUAUAAGAAAAACUCUUUCUCUAAUCUGAUAAUAAUGAAAUUGUGAGUUUAUAAAAAUUAAAAUACUAUUAUGUGUUUAAACAAAAAUUAAUAAUGUUGAAAUAUAUGUGAAUAGUUAUAAUAAUACACACGUACAUAAUAUAUGUAUUAACUUUUUGUAAUUAGUAUUUUAGAAACAUAUUGUUGUGCGAAUAAGAUUUAAAAUAAAUCUUUAUAUAUUGUAUAUUAUAUAUUGAAUAUUAUAUAUUGAUUUCGUAUAAUCCCGAGAACAAAUGGUAUAAUACAAUUAGAUGUAAAUAUACAUCUGACCAUAUUAUAUCACUUUUUCUCGGUAUCUUACAAUUAUAAGAAUAACACAUACAUUACAUGUAUUAUUAAAAACUUAUUAAUAAAUUAUUUAGAUUAAUAAUUGUGUAAGAAAGAUGUUAUGUAACUAUAAUUAAACUUUAAUAUAACCAUAAGAGAGACUAAUUCCUAUAUUGAUACUAUGUGUAAUAAUUACGUGUGUAUAUGUCCGCUAUAUAUUUCAGAAAGAUAUUUUCAAUGACAUUUUACUGACUUUGUAUAUAUUAAAUUAAGACGUAUAUUUAUUUAAUUAAGAUGCAUAACUUAAUAAAAUAUGUCUUAUCUCAAAUUAGAAAAAUUUAUAAAAUACUAUUAUACUUUUAAUACUUAAGAUUUCUCGGUUGUGCGAAUAACAAAUAAAGCAUUGUAAAUGUAGGUAAGGCUUAAUUAUUAAUAAAAUUAAUUAAAAUCAUAAAUAAUUAAUAGAGAUUGAUAUAAAAUCGAAUGCUGAUGGCACUGCGAGAAUAAGCAAAAUUAUUUUACAAAUUAAUUAAUUCAUAAUCACACACACACAUUAUUACAAAAAAUAUCCAG